UAAGACUGACGAUUUCCUUCUCUGUCGCUAACUACCACUAUCUCAACCACCAACUUGCACCUGUUCAGCCUCCAAGAAGCUGUGUAAACACCACAUCGGCCGCCACCCCCCGCAACGCUCUUGGCAGGUGAAACAAAAGACCGUUCAAGACAAAUUUAAACCCAUGAUAUGAUUUGUUAGGGCUUUCUGUUACCCGGCUAUCCAAGACAAGCUACAAUACACCUGCAGAUUCCCCGUUAGGUGCUCUGCCUGUGUCUCUUCACCAUGGCGCCACCAGUCACACGAGCAGCGACAGACGCCGCAGAAGCGUCUAAGCGGGAAGAUGCUCCUGGCAAUUCACAUACAGAGUUCAAUCCUGAGGAGCACGAACGCCCUCAUACACCACUUUCAGAAUCGAGUCAAGAAAAGGCUACGCCGUCGCGCCCGUCUGUCUCGCGGCAAGCUUCCAAUGCCUCGCGCCGACUGACGAGGACCGUCUCCGAGGUUCGAGAUGGCAUCCAAAAUCAGCGAGACUUGGAGCUCGGCCACGACUCGCAUGAUGAAAAAGAGACGGCAGAUCCCGCCUCUAGAGACCCCAAUAUUGUAACAUGGGAUGGUCCUGAGGAUCCCGCCAACCCCAAGAACUGGCCAAUGCGAGUCCGGUGGACGGCGGUGGUUUGUGUCUCAUUCUUCACAUUUAUCUCGCCGUUGGCCUCCUCCAUGGUUGCCCCGGCUCUUGCCGAUAUGGGCCGUGAUCUCAAUAUCCAUGGCGAAACAGAGCUAGCUCUAGUUUUGUCCAUUUUCGUCUGCGCUUAUGCCGUUGGCCCCUUGGUCUGGGGCCCAAUGUCAGAACUCUAUGGUCGUGUGCUCGUCAUACAAGUGUCCAACUUUUGGUUCCUCUGCUUCAAUCUUGGCUGUGGACUCGCCAAAACCGAAGGCCAAAUGAUUGCUUUCCGCUUCCUAGCUGGCCUUGGUGGCUCUGCACCUCUGGCUGUUGGUGGCGGUGUCCUCUCCGACAUGUUUACAGCCGAGCAGCGUGGAAAGGCCAUUAGUGUCUACUCUCUUACGCCUCUCUUGGGUCCGGCUCUCGGACCUGUUGCAGGAGGUUGGGUCGCUGAGAAGUCCACCUGGCGAUGGGUAUUCUAUGCCACCACGAUUGCAUGUGGCGUGAUCCAAGUAUUUGGCAUCUUCUUUCUGUCGGAAUCUUAUGCACCAGUGCUACUGCACCGAAAGAAGCUGGCUCUCAUCAAAGAGACAGGCAACACUAAUCUUCGAACGGAAUACGAUCGUCCGGACCGAACUCUUAUUCAGACACUCACUAAAGCCUUCACCCGACCAUUCAAGCUGCUGGCCACGCAGUUUAUUGUCCAAAUCAUGGCACUGUACAUGAUGUAUCUGUACGGCAUGAUGUACUUGCUGCUCUCCACCUUUUCGACACUAUUCAGCAGGGUAUAUGGUGAAGGACCUGGUAUUCAGGGCCUGAACUACAUUUCCAUUGGCUUAGGCUGCUUCCUCGGUGCUCAAAUCUGUGCUCCGUUACAAGAUCGCAUUUACGCCGCCUUGAAGAAACGCUACGUUCCUGAAGGAGGUCCCGGAAAGCCAGAAUUUCGAAUCCCUAUGAUGGUUCCAGGAGCCAUCUUAGUUCCGAUUGGCCUACUCAUCUAUUCGUGGACUGCCGAGUACCACACACACUGGAUUUGGCCUGAUAUUGGCAUCUGCAUCUUUUCUGCUGGCACCAUCAUCGGCUUUCAGUGCAUCCAAGGAUACCUGGUCGACUCCUACACGGUCUAUGCUGCGAGUGCGGUCGGUGCUGCCACUGUCCUCAGAAGCUUGGCUGGUUUCGGAUUCCCGCUCUUUGCACCAGCAAUGUACAAGGCACUCGGCUAUGGUAAAGGCGGUACCAUUUUGGCUGCAUUUGCCAUCGUUAUUGGCUGGCCUGCACCAUUCCUCUUGUGGAAGUACGGCGAGAGGCUCCGUCAACAAAAGCAUAAUUUCUAGAA